GCUCAUGUCCUGCAGACUGCAGACGUAUGCGAGCGCUUUAGAACGUUGUUUGCAAUCGCGGAAAGUGGCAACGGGAAAUCAGCAACGGUGACGACAGCAACAGCACCGCCAACAGUCAACCAUAACAUAACAGUGGCAGAGUACAACAACUGUCAACGGCCGCAUCCAGAGUCACAGCCGGAGUCUGAGUCAGCAAACAAAAAAACUAAAUAGAAAAAAAUUACGCACACACACAGACACUCACACACACACAGUCACACACUGACACACACACAGACACACACAAGGCACUCACGUACAGCGCAAGAAAAGAAAAGGCAGCAGGCAAAAGGACACAAAUUCAAUUAAAUGCAAACACACAAAUGCAGUUGGUUCCUGGAUAAUAUAAACUCAUAUAAAUAUAAAUAAAGGCAAAACACGAAAAGAAACACACAGCCACAACAACAACAAAAAUGACAAGCAGACAAAGAUAAAAUAUUGCGAUUACACAUAAUUGCGAUUCGGUGAGCAGGCGCAUUCAAUCAAGCAACCAACCAACCCACUAACCAAGCAAUCGGGAAGAAAAAGGUGCACCUUUAAUAAGAAAUAACAAAAAAAAAUAUAUAAAAAUUAAAUUUAAAUAAAAAAAGCAUAAAAAGAGAAAAUAUUUUGUAAAGAUUUUUUGCCAUUUUUUUUUACUGUUUGCUCUCAAAACGACAAACGAAAAGUGUUCAUGUAGUUAAGUGUGCUUUAAAACCAAAUUUGGAAUCUGAAAUGCCAAAAAUAACAACAGCGCUAUUAAAAAAUUAAAUCAAAUAAAAUAAGUAUCAAACAUACUAAAUUCUGGCUCUGCAUGCAAUAAAUCGCAUUGAAAAUAAUUUUAAAUAUAUUUAAAAUAGAACAGCAAGCAGCAAUUCGAGCGGCAUAACUUUCGACAAGCACAUGGAUCAGCUUCGUAUGAUAGACAAUUGCAAUCGGUAUACGCCCCUGAACGGCGGGCGUUUGUGACAAGCUUCUGGAGAAGCGAACAGCAAAUAUUUUUUUAUUGUGAUUGUGAGAAGAGAGUUAAAAAACAGUGAUUUUUUGUUUAUUUUUUUGAAACUCGUACAAGAAAUAAGUGAUUAUUAAAGAAGUGCUAGACUCAAGUGUGUGAAAAGGGGCGGCAAAGUAGUCGUAAGGAAGCUGGUCAGCAAGGGCAUUGUGCAGCGCGAAAUGAUGCCGCAAUAUCGACUUGACCUGCACACUGACGUCAGCCGAGCAACACCCAGUCACGCCUGCCCGCCACUGCCAUACAACACAACCUCUGCCUCAGCCACAGCCAAGGCCACAGCCACAACCUCAGCCAGAGCAGCUGCAACAGUCACUGCAACAGUCCCAGCCUUAGCUUAUGCCACCAACUGCUGUGGAAGAUCAAGCUAAGCCGCAAGCAACAUAUUAGAAAGAAUUAGAGCCAAACAAUUAGAAGCCAAUUUCCUCAGAGCUUGAAAGCAAUUGCGACAAUCGUAUGUGAGUGAGAGAUUGCGGGUGUAUCAACUAAAAAGCCUACCAGCCAGCAGCCGUUUAAAGCAGUCACCUUUGGUCGGGAGAGCACCAAGGCCAACGAGGAGACGUCAGUGCAACCGCCGUCAUGUGGAUAACACUCGCACCUUUGGUCGUCAUCAUAGCCCAGCUUUGUGCCUUGGUCCACUCCGCUGGUGAAGCUGAUUAUACACUCGAUGAUUCAUUUUGGAACGAAGAAAGUCCAGUUGGUGAAGUGGAACGGUUACUCAAAGAGUAUAGACAAAAUCAGGAGCUUGUGCGUCGUAUUGGUGGACAUUAUUAUCAAAUAAUCUAUCCGGUACAGCUGCGUCAUCACGAAAAGAUGGGAAUCUCAACACGCGAAGUUAGUCUCCCAAAGGUACGCAAAGAUUUGCAUAAGAGAAAUACUAGAAAAAUCGAAACAAACACAAUGCCCGGACAACGUCCACGCCCACAUGAUGACAGCGGAUUCAGCAGAGGCAGGACAAAGAAACAUUUUCAUCGCACCUCACUGCUUAUCAAGGCAUUCAAUCACAAAUUCCGUUUGGAUUUGGAAUUGAACUCUCAACUACUGUCGCCCAACAUACAACAGAAACACUAUCACGUCGGUGGAUACCAAGUGGAUGGCAAUCGGCAUGACAUUGAGCACUGUUACUAUCAUGGCACCGUGAAGGAUUAUCCGGGCGCCAGUGCCGCUUUUCAUACCUGCAACGGCGUUAGCGGUGUCAUACAUAUUGGCAACGAGACCUUUGUCAUACAUCCCUUUUACGGCGGUGAUCUAUCGAAACAUCCGCAUGUGAUUUUUGAGGCGCGUACAAAGGCGAACAAGGGUUGCGCCAACUCUGGCAAUUUGGACUCGUGGCGCCUAUCCCGUCGCACCAAGCACCUGUCGGCGGGAGUUGUCGAUGAGAUACAUCCGAAUGGGGCGGGCCGCUAUAAGCGGGAUGUGCGCGAGGCAACCAAAUAUAUCGAGACGGCCAUCAUAGUCGAUAAGGCCAUGUUCGAGAAGCGGAACGGUAGCACACGCGCCGAAGUCAUCCAUGAUGCCAUACAGGUGGCCAAUAUAGCUGAUUUGUAUUUCCGCACGCUGAAUACUCGUGUGUCUGUGGUGUACAUUGAGACGUGGGGCAAGAACCAGGCGGCCAUUGAUGGCAGCAAGGACAUUAGCAAGGCCAUAUCCAACUUUAAUGACUACACUUCAAGGAAUCUGUAUCAAAUCGAGAGGGAUACCACACAGCUGUUAUCCGGGGAAACGUUCGCCGGGGGCGAGGCUGGCAUGGCCGUGCCCGAGACUGUCUGCACACCCCGUGCCGUCGGCAUCAGCGUCGAUGUCAAUGUGUAUGAGCCGCACCUUCUGGCGGGCACAAUGGCCCAUAUGAUUGGCCACAAUAUUGGCAUGGGCCACGACGAUGGGCGUGAGGAAUGCUUUUGCCGGGACUGGCAUGGUUGCAUCAUGGCGCAAUCAAUAGUCGGCCAGGAGAAUGUGCAGCCAUACAAAUUCUCAGAAUGCAGUAAAAAGGAUUACAUUGACGCAUUGCGAACGGGUCACGGGCUUUGUUUACUCAACAAGCCCAACGAGAUUGAGUUGCGGCGCAACUGUGGAAAUAAAAUCAUCGAGGAGGACGAGGAGUGCGACUGCGGCACGUUCGAGGAAUGUGCAUUGGAUCCCUGCUGCGAUAGCAUCACAUGUAAGCUGAAAUCCGAAGCACAGUGCGCCAGCGGUGCCUGCUGUGACCAAUGUCGGCUGCGACCCAAGGACUACAUAUGCCGCGACUCGCAUAACGAAUGCGAUUUGCCCGAGUAUUGUGAUGGUGAGGUGGGCCAAUGUCCCGCUGAUAUCUACAAGAAGAAUGGCUCGCCCUGCGGCCUUAGCAAGUCAGGUGUUUCGGGCUAUUGCUUCCAGGGCUAUUGCCCCACCCUGAAUCUGCAAUGCGAGGCCAUUUGGGGCUACGGCGGCUUUGCGGCCGAUCGUCAGUGCUAUGAACAGUUUAACUCGAAGGGCUCCAUUAACGGUCACUGCGGUCGCGAUGCCAACGAUCAUUACAUCAAAUGCGAGCCAGAGAACGUACAGUGCGGCACGCUGCAGUGCAAGGAGGGCGAGCGACAGCCAGUGAAUGAUGGAAUCGACCAGUUAUACUCUCGCACAAUUAUCUCCAUCAAGGCGCAGGAAUAUGAAUGCAAGGCAACCAGCGGUCAAGUGGGCUCCAAUAGCUAUCCAAAUCACGGUUUGGUCAAGGAUGGCACACCAUGCGGCGAUAAUUUGAUUUGUCUUAACCAAACGUGCGUUAGUCUCUUUCCGCAUGUGGAUCAAACCAAGUGCCCAACAAAUAAGCAGGGUCAAGAGUGCUCCGAGCGUGGUUUCUGCACCAACGCUAAUCGUUGCUUCUGCGAUAUGGGCUGGGGCGGCACGGACUGCAGUACGGUCGUCCUUUUGACAACACCACUGCCAACCGAAGCAUUGCCAACGCCGGAGAAUACAAUCAAAAUGGAGAAAAAAGAAACUCCAUAUGAGAACUACCACGGCUCAAAUACAGUGUUCCUAGUCGGUGUUCUAAUGUCAGUUGUAGGGUUCGUUUUUAUAACAUUCACCUUGAUGGCAUUGUGCUACAGGUCAGUUGUAGUACAUAGAAACUUCUCCCUGUGUCUGAGACGCAAGACAACCACCCUUAAGUACGAUCCGCCCUUCUCAAAAAAACCCAUCCCCAAGGGCUACGGCGGUGCGGCAACGGCGGCCAACAACCAUCAUUCCGUCGAGGAGGUAUCCUUAGAUGGCUCCAGUAAAUUGGUGUAUGCCAAUCAAGCCGGAUUCAGGGAUAAGAACUUACAUGGACGUCGCUAUACGACGGGUGGUGAGGAUGAUCAAUCACAUGCAGAAAAGGGCAUACUGAAGAAGCAUGGCUACGGACUUGUGCAUGGCGAGCAGCUGAAAGACAAGUGGUGCGAUGACAGCCAGUCGGAUAAUCUGGAGCUGAUUACACAGGAUGGCACACAGACCUCCACAAUUGGCGGUGCGGCUGCCUCAGAAGUGGAGCGCACGCUCAAAUCGCUGAACGGUUACCAUGAGGACAUUUUAGAGGCGCUGCGUAAUGCGGCCUCGCAUCGCGGCACCGGCACUGGCAACACGCCCGUCGGCAGUGGCAGCCUCAGUGAGGAAAUGUUGCGCAAAACACUGCAGGACUGCAACAAUGCCCAGCUGGGCUAUGCCGCUGAGCCGUACAAGCGGGCCAGCGGCUCCAAGUCGAGCUCGCGUGAGAAUAUCUGCGACAGUGCCGCCGCACAUGCCAUUUUGUUGGACGGUAGUGGUUCCGCAUUGGGCGGUUUGACACUUGGUACUGACAUGAGCGGCGUACGGGGUGUUGGUAGUGGCAUUGGCGUUGGUGGUGCUGGUGGCUUAGCGAACGCUAUUGGUCAUGGCGGGGCAAUGAUGCAUCAUCAUCGAUCGCAACAUCAGUUACAUCAGCCUCCUGGGCUGGCACUGCAACAGCAACCAACUGACGAGGAUGAUGCCCCGUCGACUGGGCCGCUGCGUAUACGCAAUCUGGAGGAUCUGAUCAGGCAGCUGGAGCAUCAUUCGUCACGUCACAUGAGUCCCAGUGGCUCCGAGGAUAUACGCAUAUCGGAAACUGAGGCCGAUCGCCACUAUAGAUUAGAUAGUUCCGCCGCUUGUAGUGAGUCCUCGCAAGGCUCGAACCAGCAAGCAGCUCAAUCUCAGAAAACAGCUACAAUUCACCCGUCUUACAGCAGCCGUUGCCGGCCCCGCUCUGAUGAGGAUACGCGCUUUGCCUACGGCGGACGUUACCGUCAGCCGGCGCCCACUGGCCGCCAUACAACGCAUCAGUCGCACUCUCCCCAUGCAUUCGGACACCAUACACACCAUUCGCACGCCCACGGACAUGCCACACACGGUCCACACUCAUCGCACCACUCGUCGCACACGCACCUGCACCAGGACGAUGAGGGCAUCUACGAGAGCGCCGAUCAUCAUGAGCGCGGCGUUCUCGACACGCGACUCGAUCAACAGGAGACGCCCGAGAGCGAAAGUGAUGACUUUAUUCAAGCUCAACAACAGUUAGCCCGGUGGGCGAGUGAGGAUGUGGUAUCCGUCGUGGUAUUGGACCAGCCGCAAUCCGGCACAAUGUCGGAUUCCCAACCAUCCAGCGGCGUCGCGCCCAUGUCGGUAGCUACAACGAACAACGUUAUACACCAUCAGCAUCCGCACCAGCACCACGGCGAUCAUCAAUCCUCCGCAGCGGCAGUAGCUGCGGCGGCGGCGGCGGCAGCCAGCAACAACUCUAUAAUGGGUAUGGCAGUCGUCCCAAAUGGUAUAAAUGUAAGUCAGAGGGACUAUUACCCCUCGCCACCCUCAACGGAGACGGAAAGCAGUGGAAGUGUUAUCCAGCCACUUACGCGCCGCACGUUGCAAUCACAAUCGGCAGACACGGCGGCCAUAAGCCAACAGCAAUUACAGCUCCAUCAGCUGCAAUUGCAUCAGCAUCAGCAAUAUCAGCAUCAUCAUCAGCAGCAGCAGCAGCAGCAUCAGCAGCAUCAGCAAUCGGUCGAUACCAGCAGCAGCAACAACAGUCAAUCCGGUCAAAUAACCGAGAAUGGCUGCUACCCGGAAUAUAAGCAUUGACAGUUCAAACAUCUUUAGCUUCAGCUGCAUCCACAGCAUCACCAAAGUAAACUCGCAAAGCUCUUCCGUUUUCUGGCCAAACCCAACGGCUGGCAGAGACAGGCAAGCGUUCAAAUCAUACGAUUCAGUCAGACUUUUGGUACUCGCAGUACUCUAGCAUAUGCAUACAUGGUUUAAAAAUAAAUAAUGAAUUAAAAACAAAUGAAGUGAAAACAUAACAAAUAGCAUACAUACUCGUAUAUAAUUACGUACAUACACACCUAGUUAUACAUAGUAUGGGAUAAAUGUAAAGUUUAAAAAAAAAGUUAACGCCAUGCGAGCUAAACCAAACAACCAAUUAAUUGAUUAUAUGUAGGUCAUUGCACUCUCACAUACACACAUACAUGUACAUACAUACAAGACAUACAUAUGCCAUCAUAUGAUGAACUUCAUGCAUGCAUACAUACAUACAUACAUAUAUACAUACAUACAUGCAGACAGACAGACAUGCGAAUAUGCACUUACAUGUGAAUUAGAAUUUAACAAUUUUUAUACUUAAUUACAUACUAGUAUGUACAUACAUAAGUACCUCAGACGUGCCGGCGACGCCUGAUAAAUUCAACAUAAUUCUAAUGAAUGUAAUAAUUGUAAAUACCUACACACGCAUACAUAUAUAUAAACAUACAUAUGUUUGUUUUAUAUAUGUAUGAAAACCAGAGCUGGGAAAUAAUAUAUAGUAAAUGUCUUUUGAAAGCACUUACAUACCCAAAACAAAAAGCAAAAAGAAAAAAAAGCAAAAACAGAUUGAAUUCAAUAAUAGACCUAUUUAAAACUAUCGAUAGCUUUCUAGCUGCGAUAUAUGCAGAAGCCAAGAGGUGAACGUGUAUUAUGAAAUUUUGAGAGACAAAUCUGUGCAAUGUGUGCGAAAAGAGAGAAUUUAUUUCCAGAUUGGGAAAUAUUUUUUUUUUUUUUUUGCCGUAGUUUGAUCUAUGUAAUGCACAUUGCCAACCAUUGUACAUAGGCAUGUCGUAUUUACAUACGUAUUAGUCUCUGGAUCUGCCGCUAGAGACUAUGAUGCUGAUGCAGAUAUACAUAUGUAUAUGCAUUAAUACCAUACAUCCAGAUUAAAUGAUACUGUUUGUGCACCUGUGUCAUGUGCAGCUAAAGUUACCCUUGAUAUGGGCAAAUUUUAUAACGACUGAUAGAUUUUGAGGCCGGGUGCCAUCAAUUCACAUUGAAUAACUUAAUGGAUAACCAUUAUAAUAGGAAUAAUGCGUUUUAUUAUGAUAAGGCAAACAGUUAAUAAAAUAUGAUAAAGCAUAAGUAACAAUCUGUAACAAUAACAAUUAUAGACAUAUUAUGCGUGACUUAAUCGUAACGGUUCAUGCUAGAUAAUCGCAGGUAUUCAUAACAUGAUUGUGUGAAAUUGAAGAAAAUGAAGAAGAUGAAAAAACAGAUUGAAAGGCGUUUUAAGGUUAUGUUGUGGAUUACCAAACUUUCGAAAUCAAUUUCUCUACCCUUUCAAGAACUCUGAGCUGAAAAAGCAGAAAUAUAUAUUUACUGAUACACUUAAAACGCCAGUUAGUCAUACGUUAGAAUGAAAUGAAACUAAGCUUUCGAACAGAUUUCACGUAUGUGCUGCAAGCAUGCGGUGCUAUUCAGCUUUCUUUUUUUUUUGGUCAUAUGUUGAAUGUUAAUCAAAAUUUCAUAAUUUCUAAAAUCAUCUGCACGGACUAACACUUGGUAUGUACACUAGCUAGCCCAUUGACGACUAGUAGUAUAAUUAGUUAAAGAGCGAAUUAAAAAUGAACACAUAAAUUCACAUAUACAUAAGCAUUAAGAUAAGUACAUUCAUUCAAACAUAUGUAUAAGUAUAUGCAAACUCGUAGAUAACCCAGGCCAAGUGCUUGCUCAAAGAUUGGUCACAGAUGGAACAAAGUUUCAUUAGUUAGUACAUUAAUUGGAUGGAUGUUGUCAGAACUCGAGAAUAUAAGCCAUAAAAACAAAGUAUGUUAGCAUAUGUAAAUACAUACAUAGCUAGUUGUAGAUCAAAUUGAGCAUAUUCAAGAAUCCAAUAAAAAUAUAACUGAAAUGCAUAUACUUUAACAGGCAUAUUGAGCAAAUAUAAAUAUAAAUAAGAAUGUCUAUGCAUAUAAGUAUGCACAAUUUCGAAUAUAUUACAUAUGUAUUAUGUACACAUACAUAUGUAUGUUUUAUAUAUUUGUAUGAGCCAACCAAAAAUAUGCACUUGGCAUGUUUUGAGUCAAAACGUCCCUUCCACACCCGCAGAAUUGUUUCUUAGUGUCAAUUAUAAGUAGAUUAAAGUCGCAACAUAUAAGUCGCCAGUAUUUGGGACUUAUUCCCCCAAACCGAAUCCAAUAAAAACGUUCUAAUCAAAGAUAUAUUGGUGGGGAUUUAGGAUUAUAACAACUAUUUAUUAAUUCAUGACCCACGUUGGGCUCUAUACAUACAUUUCCAUCUUUCAUUAUCCCAAUUACAAAGCCAAACGGCCAAGUCGCGUUCUUUUUAAAUUAAGACAAAAGUGUUCAUCUUUACAAAUUUUCGGACGUACUAUAAACCUUCAUUCAAAUGAAUGAUUUUUGGCAGGGAUGUGGUGACUGAGCCUGGCGCCUUUAUUUUCCAGUUAUUAUAUGGAUUUUGUAAAUUGGGUGCCAUUGAUAUUAGCGACUUUCUCAAAGGUGAUAAGGAAAGUGCCUUCGAUGGUCUUCUCAUAGCCAUCGUCCACUCUGACUUUGGCUGAGCUUUCUUGGAUGACAACGAUCCGCAUCAAAUCUUUCCUCCACUGAUGCCAGCCAGAUCGCCCACGUGUUACAAAGGGGGGAACAUCCUUACAAUAGGUGGAUGUAGAAUGGCUUCAGACAAUUUUCGUAGCAUUUUUGAAUAUACUUCCGAACGCGAAGAGCUCGAAAUUGUGUUCUCCAUAUAGAGUUACCGACAACAUGAGGCAUACAAAUCCAAAAUAUUUGUUUGUUUGUUCGUAAUGUGCACGACUUUGUUCUCGUUAGUAAAUAAAAUUGAAUGCAUGUCAGGAUUACCCAAUAAUAUAUGUGCAUAUAUUAUAUAUGUAUUUGUAUGUAUGUACAGAUAUGUAUGUACAGUUGUCUGUCAUGUAUGCACGGCAAUUGUGGGGAGCGCUUGGCAUAGCCAAAGCAUUGAGAAAAUUUACUGAAAUACCCAGAAAAAUUACGGUGAACUCAUAAAAAUCAUAUAGUAUAUAGGCAACAAUUUUGAUUGGGGAAUUCACAAACCUAGAAGAAUCAUCUACAUGACGUAUGCAUAUAAGCAUGUGCAUAUUAAAUAGUGUGAAAAGUAAGAAGACAAUUUACAAGCAUUCAUAACUAUACUAAGUACUCUUAACUAUACGAAUACAUACACACUAGACACACGCACACGCCAACGCACACAAGCACACACAUGCUGGUAUACUAAACAUAAUUAUAUGCAGCUAAUUACACUUGCAUAUUUGGAUACAUAUUUAAGUGUGUACAAUGUAAAUGAAGUUUAACAAUACCUUCGGGAAUCUAGUAAUUCAUCAAAAUACAAACUUAAAAGAAAAAGAAAAGCAAAAAAUAUGAAAUUUGUAAUUAUCUUGUAAGUGACUAUCCCUAAGACAGCAUGUGACUCAAAUUGAUUCGAAGUGUGUAUAAUUGCAUGCGUGCAUAUGUGUACGUGCUCAAGGGGCACAUGCAUGCGUAUGAUGUGUCUCCAUAUGCAUACUAACAUAUAGUAUUACUGAAUAAGUAAUUGAUUAAGUACGUAAACUUCUUAAUGAUAUUGAUUGGGUUUUAUUGUGACAAGUGCAGUCGUUAUCAACUGCUAAAUAUGAUAUUAUCUAAGAUACAUUGAUUAAAAGUAUUGUUAUUGAUACAGACACACACACGCACGCACACACACACACACACACACACACACACACACAUGCACACAGACACUCUUAAAAUACAUACACAAGCAGAUGAUUGAUGAACAUAAGUAGUAUGUAUGUUUGUGUGUGUCCCCUGAUUGCAUAAGUAAAUAGGCUAAAUAUUUAAAUAAAUGAAUUAGACACUUACAAAUAAGAAACGUUACACAGGAGAUCUGAAUAAAUACAAAAUAUAAGCAAAAUAAUAAUGAUAAUUGAAAAGCAACAAGCAAAAAACAAUAAGUUGUUAUCUAGAGAUCAAACUUAAAUACGCAGUUUGCCAAAAUGUUAACGAACAACAGCAACAACAUUAACAAAGAACAACAAUAAUAUUUUGAAUUAAAUACAAGAAUUUAACAUGAAUUUAUAUGUCAAUGGAUGCUCAACACUCACACAAACAUGCGCACUCACAACAGACACACACAGGCACAGAAACAAACGCGCAACAUAUAGAUGAGAAUACACAAAAAUAACCGUUUUAACACCUUCACAACAACCCAUUCGCAAUAUACUUAUGUACGUAUUACAUACUUAGUCCAAAACGAAGUAAGAACAAAAACAAAAACAAAAAAUAAAUAACAAAAAAUAUGAAAUAUGAAAUGAAACGAAAAAUAAUAAACAUUCAAAUCUCACAUAUCGCAUAUAUAAACAAUAUGUGCUUAACCCAAAAUGCUGCUGAUGGUCCUCAGUUUUUAUCUGAACUGCUGGCUGACCGAACUUCUGAUCCGGAAUCCUAAUGCUUGCCGCUCAAAAAGAAACAAAAAAAAAUUAAAAGUGAAAACGAAUUUAAAUCUGUUGCUUAUAUAUGAAUAUAUAUAUUAGAUUUUGAUUCCAAUGAUCGCCGAUAAAAAUCAGCGAGUAACUAUAAUUUUUUUUUGUCGGAAAUAGCGCAAGAUCAGAAUUUCCUUAAUCUAUUAAACUAUUGGAACGAUGGUCGAAACAAAAAUAAAGUGAGAAUAAUCAAUUCGUACAGUCGACUUACACAUUAGCAAAUUAUAAUAGGAAUCUAAUACAGAAAUAUUCUAUAGCAAGAUCAAAUACAAUUAUACAAUUUUUUAAAAACAGUACAAAAUCAAUAUACUUAUGUAAAUAUUUAUUAUAUAAGUAUAUUGUUCAAAUGGAAUUGAGCAUUUCUAAUCCAUCAAUUGUUGCGAUUCAUAUUUAAAUAUGUAUUUAUAUAUGUACACACUGGCAAUUACGACCAUACGCAUGUAGUAUGUGCAUAAGAACAUGUUCAUAUAUUGGUAUGUAUUAUUAAAUGAUGGAAAGGAAUAAGCGCUAGCAGGCCCAUCAGAAGUUUGGUAUGAAUCUACACACAAACACACACACAGACACACACAGACACUCACACACACACACACACACAAGUGAGCACGUGUACUCGUGAGCACAUUUACACACAUUUCACACUCACACCGUAUGUUUGUCAAGGAAUAUUAGAAAAGCAACAAUAUUGGAGAGAAAGAAAAAUGUUCAUUAUAAUAAACUUUUUGAAACCAUUUCUAAAGAACUGUUAACUGUUAAUAAACUUAAAUAAUAAACAAAUAUUAAAAAAAAAAAAAAACAGAUAAAGAAAACAGCAACAAAAAUAUAUAAAAAAAAAACAAAUACAACUGAAUUGUAUGGAGCUUCACACUAUGAAGACAUUCUUGAAAUAUGUAUAUAGAUACAUACAUACGUGCAUAUGUAUGAGGCUGAGGAGAAUAACAUAAUAAUAACUUAGCUGUAAGAUGCCAAUUGGAUAGUAUGGUCCAUAAUGUGGUCUAAAAUAAUUUAAGUAAUCAUAUAAAAUAACAACUAAGCGUAAUACAACCAUAAUGAAAUAAAAAACAAAACCAAAAUAAGCAACAACAACCACGACAACAUUCAAAAACCAAUUAAAAUUUAUUACAAAAUAAAAUAUGAAAGCAAAAAAAAAACAGAUCAAAAUUUAAUAUAUGUAUAUGUUUUUAUGUUUUCACUAGCAAUCUAGCAAAUUACAAUAUUUUGCUAUAGACAUACAUGCUUGCAUACAUAUGUAUGUAUCAAUACACAUAUACACAAAUAUAUGAAGAAAGAUAAAAAAAAACCAAAUGCUAUACAACACAUGCAUAUGUACAAACAUACAUACAUUCUAAUAUAAGGCAGUUCUUUCGUUAUGUACACUUUUUUCUUUAUUCAUUAUAAUUUUCUUUCACCAACUAACUUAUCUAACAUCCUGUAUUGUAUGUUGUUUGUUUUCACUUCUCUCUACAUUCAACUCCCUUCUGCCUUAUAUCAUUUUAGUUGAAUAAGUUUUGACUCAUUUUUUACCAUUUUAUACACAUAAGUAUGUAAUUUACAUGCAACUGCCAAAGAGUUGGAAAAGAGGCUUCUAAAUCCAUGGGAUCUACUCACUUAGAAGAAAUCUUUUCACAAGGGAGUACAUCAAAAUACCUACAAGUACACACACUCACGCACUCACACACACAGAUACACAACAUCGAUAUGUAAAGAUAAGUGAGCUGUACUACGUAAGAGACAGUUCAUCAACAUAUAUGCAUCUAUUUUCAUAUGUAGCUGAACGUGCAUAUAUAUUUGUGUGUGUGUGGGUGUGUGUGUGUAUAUACAGGCAUUAAAAAAUACAAUACUUUUUUAUAUGUAUACCUAUGAACAUUUUUAUGCAUUUACUAUAAUUUCACUGUCUGGUGCGACGUAACCAAAAAAAAACCAAAACAACAAAACAAAAACAACAAAUUUUAAAAUAUUUCAAUAAAAUUUUGCU